AUGGCAUGCAAUGUCGUCGCCCCCCCGCCCGGCACGAUGAGUGGGCGGACGGCGAAGGGGAAGGGCGCCGCGAGACAACGAGGGAGCGUGAUUGCAAACAUCUCGUGGUUCGGCUUUAUAACCUUCGAGUGGAUCACCAUCAUAUUAAAUAAGCUCAGAAGGGAGGACAAUUUCAGUUUGCCCAAAAUAGAGGAAGAUGCCGCGAUAGAGUAUUACACGUGCAAAUUGGGCAGGCAUUUGAAAGGAUUUAAGAAGAGGAAGAGACCGAAUGGGAGCGGCACACAGAAUAACCCAAGUGAACGACCCCAUGGGAGCACCGUGCAAGGAACGUCAAACGAAGAGAGCCACUACUACUGCCCCUACCAGAAGAGAGGAAUCACCCUGGCGCUGCUCAGAACCUUUAGAAAGCAACUGAGCUGUAUUACCUUCUUCUAUGUGAUUCAUACCCUCUUCCUCAUAUUUGUGGCACUAUGCAUUGAGAAUUAUAUACUCCUGCUUAAGGGACAGGGGAAGGUCUGGCUCCCAUUCGCUCACAAAUACAAAGAAUUGGCAUUCGGCUUCAUCCUAGUGGGGGUCAUAUGUGUGGAUGUGUUCUUCGACGCAGUGUUAACCUUCUUUGAUUACCGGUUGAGGCUAAACAUGGAGAUUACCUUGAUGUAUUUUUUAUAUAAAAUAAAUUUGGAAGACUUUCGGGGGAAGCUAUGCAGCUUCCCUUAUCCUGAGGGUGGAGCAGGUGCACAGGACGCGGUUCCCAUGCUGACAGGGGGGGGGGCCCGGGAAGGAGGAGAUCACCACGAUGUGCAGGUGGAGGGGGCCGCUAGCGCUGGGGGGGCCCUCUCCUGCCCGCCCUUUGCAUGCCAGCCGGCUGCGUGCGACCCGAGGGGGUGUGUGGGGGAGAAGCAGGAUGUGCCUUCAGGCGAAGCGGCGUCCAGCGUGGCGGCAGUGAGAGGUGGUGCUGCGCCAGCCGAGGAAGCGAAGCCCAAGGGGGAAAUUGUCCAGAGGGAAGAAUCGUCGACCGCCCUGCCUGACGACCCACCCGGCGAGUGGGCGGAAGGAGACAAGGAAGAGAGCGACUCGUGCGACAUCAACAUCUAUAACAUCAUGUUCGUGGACACGCCCUUCCUCAUUCACUUCAUCAGCUCAAUGAUCGACCUCUGCAACAUGCUAAUCAAAUUCACCAUUUCGUUUUACAUGUUUUAUUUUAAAAUGGGGAGAGAGGCAGUGGUGAAUGGAAUUCUGCUGAUCAUUUUCCUUUACAGUCUCAUGUUCGCGUUUGAGUUGGCCUCCAGUCUCUUUAAGAUAAAGCACCUCAAGUGUAGGGACGCCCGGAUAAGUAACAUGCAUCACAUCCUUAAGGAAUAUAAGCUUAUGAAGAUGUUCAACUGGGAAGCCAUCGCUUUUGAUUAUGUCAAUCGGCAUAGGAAAAAAGAAAUGAAAUUCUGCACCGUUAGGAUUUACCUAGGCUCUCUAAGCAAUUACAUUAAUAACAUCUCAAUGAAUGUCGUAGAAGUGGCCAUCUUCUUCUUUUUCAUUAAAGGAGAGUUAAAUAGUAAUAAGCCCAUCAACGUGAGCUCAAUCAUCACUCCUCUAUUCGUUUACAAGUCACUCAUUGCUGGGAUGUCCAAUUUUCCAAAUAUUAUUAAUAACCUACUCGAGGGGACCAUCAACAUUGGGAGGAUUAACAAGUACAUUCGCCACUACAUGUUUCGGUCGGAGGGAAGCGAAGCUGGGGGGUAUGACCACCGGAUUGGCCUGCACCCCGGCGCUGCCCCAGCGGCGGGCAGCGGCGACCGCGGUGGGAAGAGGAACAACCAGCACGGUGAAGACCCCCACUGGGGGGCCCUCAUCAAGUCGAUUUUUUUCGGCAAGGGAUACGGCAAGGCGGGAAAAGCGCGAAAAGCGGGAAAGGCGGCCAAGAGUGGGGGCAGUAACAGGACCCACUACGGCGCUGCUCGGGGGGGAUUAGCGGCGGGAACGGCGGUGGAAGUGGCGGCCGGGAAAGAAGCCGCCCCCCCCCCCGGGGAGGUAAUUUUGAAGCUGAGCGGGUGUUACUUCUCGGCGGAGAAGCCCCCCUCGGGCGGCCACGACGCAACCGGAGAUGCAACCCACCAACCGAACGGCCAACCGAACGGCCAACCGCUUGUCCCCGCCGCGCUGCUGAAGAACGUCAACCUGACGCUGCGGAACAACACGCUGGUGGUGAUUCUGGGGAACGUGGGCUCCGGGAAGACGCUGUUCUUCAACUCCCUGCUGGGGCAGCUGAGGCUCUCGCGGGGCAGCUGCUACGUGAAAAGCUUCGCCAACGACACGCCCGUCAUGUACGUGCCGCAGUUCUACUGGGUGACCAUCGGCACCAUCCGCUCGAUGAUACUCUUUGGAAACAGAUUCGACCCCUUUCUCUACUACCGAGCCAUUGUGCAGAGCGAGCUUGUAAAUGAUAUGAAUACCUUUAAGAGGAAGGACCUAAGGUACGUGAACGACGAGCACAGUCUUAGUAAAGGGCAGAAGGCCAGAAUCUGUCUCGCCAGGGCGCUCUACCAUCACUACAUCCAUAUGAGCGAUUUGCUCGUCGAUUACGAGAGAGAUGUGCGGGUUAAUAAAAAAUGGCGUGAAAGAGGCCCUUCGGAGGGGUUGUUCAAAACGGCUAGCUCCCUAUCCAGAGGGAGAAGUGGUGGCAGCAACGGUAGCAGGUCCCACCCAAAGGAGGAGAAAAGGAAGAAGCUCUUCGUAAAAGGAGGAGAUGCCGAUCAAGGGGGAAAGAAAGGAACCGAUGAUGAGCCCUCCUCCCAAGAGGAGAAAUACGAGCUGCACGACGUAGAUAAUUCGACCAACUACACAUUCAAUACGGCCAAUAUGACAAACACAUGUUCGCACGUCAGUCGGGUGAAGAACGCAAGGGGGGAGGAGGAGGAAGACGAUGAGGAGCUGCACCCCACACAGCAGCAACGCCGUGGUGGAAGCAACAACGAUGUGAUUAUUGGACCGUCAGGAGAGAUGUACACACAAAAUUGCGACCUUUUUAAAAAUAAUUCUCUUCUGAAGGAGUGCCUAGAGCAGGGGCGCGUGUCUUAUUUGUACCUCCUGGAUGACCUCUUCUGCGCUUUGGACCCCUGCAUUUCGAAGAACAUUUUUUAUAACCUGUUUUGUAGCCGAGAGAACGUGGAGGGGUUCAAGGGGAACUGCGGGUUCGUGCUGACGGCCAACCAGAACAUCUGGCACAGCUUUCUGGAGGAGGACAUCGUGCGCGACCUGCAGUACGACGUGCAGAUCUACCGCCUGCAGAACCGCUCGCUCGUGUACGAGGGGGACGUCCGCGCGUACAUGAGGAAGCAGGGGAUCGCGCCGGGAGCGGCGAGCGGAGCGGUGGAAGCCGCCAACGCAGCCAACACGGCGAACGCGGCCAACACGGCUGCCGCUACCCCUGCCGCUGCCACCGCUACCCCCGCCCCGCACAGCACGAGCCAGAUGCUGGAGUUCUUCUCGGAGCAGCAGGGCGGGGGCAAGAACGCCCUCAAGAACGACCUCAAGUACCAGAAGUUCGUGAUGCUGAAGGAGCUGAAGAGCACCUACUCGUGCCGGCUGGAGCCGCUGGACAGCGCGUCCGCCCAGGGCUUCGGGCGCAAGUACACCACGGUGACGCAGAACUACGUGGAAAAGCGCGACGAGCACGUGAUGAAUAACACCAUCGGUAGCGUCAGCAUUAGUAGCCUGGGGAGCACGCGCAAAACGACCAUCAGCAACUACGCCGAGGUGCUGGUAAAGGAGAAGAAGAGUCGCACACGUGGCAACAGCUGCAGUCUCUCCUUCGAACAGGAUGACAAAAUAACUCUUCACGAGUUUGAAAAGGUGAGCAAAGUGCUGCAAGCCCAGCUGAAGGAUAACUAUAUGUAUGAGUAUCUGGGGAAUCAAGAAAAUGGGGAUGAGGGAGAGGAAGAAGAAUUGAGGUUUAAGGGGAACAUCAAAUGGGAGACGUUCGUUUGGUACCUUCGUAUGAUAGGCAACUCCCUCAUAGCAGUCAUCCUGCUCUUCAUGAUCGUCUCCAUUUUCACAGACGAAAUAAAAAACAUGUUGCUCUUCAUGGCAAGCACGUUAAUUAAAAGUGAAGAAGAACAGAACGAUUCUGAAAUAUUGAAGAAGCAAUUGGUCUAUUUGAAGUACUUUGUCCUUCUACCAUGUGUGUCCCUGGUUACCUCGCUCAUUGCCUUCAUGCUGAUCGCUCACGGGAUAGCCAUUUCCGCGGUGAAAGUCCACACACAAGUGUUGCAGAGCAUUCUGCACGCCCCCAUCCACGCCUUUUACAGCAACAAUUUAGGAAACAUAAUCAACCGCUUCAUCACAGAUAUAAACGUCCUGGACAAUGGGAUUAUAAAAAGGAUUUAUAAAACGUUUUACACUUUCUUUCGUUUCCUUUUCACCAUUUUUCUUCUGAACUAUAUGGUAUAUCAAACGGUCUACGUAUUCCCGAUGAUCAUUUUUUUAAUUUACGUUUGCGUGUUUCAGAAGUACUCCAGGGGAUGUAAAGAAGCCCAGAGGGGGUACCUGAGCAGCCACGCUCCCCUCUGUACCAUCUACAGUAACACCAUCAUGGGAAAGGACAUCAUUAACCUGUAUAAGAAGAACCAGCACUUCCUAGAUUUGUAUGCCAAGAGGGUCUUCGAUUUUAAGAACUACACCAUUUUUAAGUGGUGCCUAACCAUCUGGGCUUCCCUCUACGUACAGCUGAUUGUGCUUUGCUUGACUGGCUUCUACAUCAUUUACCCUUAUGUGCUGCACCCGUAUCUGGGGAACAAGCAGGACCCCAAUUUUAUGAAUAAGGAAAAGAACGCCAGCACCAUUGGGUACUGCAUUACCUUCUCCUGCAGCCUCGGGUUCAUCAUAAAAGCGCUGCUCUAUGACUACACGCACGUGGAGAAGGAGAUGUGCAGCACGCAGCGCCUGGAGGAGUGCUCGCAGAUGAUCAACGAGCAGGUGGGCUACGCCGACGAGGGGGGGGAGGCGGCCAAGUGCGGCAAGGGGGGUCCCCCCCCAUGGGAGGAAGUAUCAAGGGAGGUGCCAAAGGAAGUAUCAAAGGAGGUGUCGACGGAAGUGUCGACGGAAGUGUCGAAGGAAGUGUUGAAGGAAGUGCCAAAGGAAGUACCGCUUACCUCCCCGUCGAAGGACGUCCCGUGCGGCAAGGCCAAGUACGGGCUGCACUUCGAAAACGUGUUCGUGAGCUACAAGAAGAAGAUCUUCAUAGACAAGUCGCGCAACCUUUAUUACUACGCGAACGAGAAGUCGUGCCUGCGCAAUAUGAACAUCUACGCGCUGAAGGGGCAGAAAAUCGGAAUCGUGGGGAAGUCGGGGGCCGGGAAGAGCACCACCAUCCUCUCCGUGCUGGGCCUGAUCCCCACCACCAGGGGAACCAUAUCCAUCGAGGGGAGAGAUAUCAAGACCAUGAGUUUGCAGGAAAAAAAAAGAAUCAUUGGGCUCCUCCCACAGUCCUCUUUCGUCUUCUUCCACUGGAACAUACGCACGUACAUAGACCCAUAUGGUAGCUUCUCGGACGACGACAUUAUGGAGGCCUUUAAACUGAUCGGCAUCAACCUCCGUAAGGAGGAUUUGUAUAAAUACAUUUAUAAACAGAAGAAGAAGAGUGCAUCUAGGGAUGAUCGCGCGGGAGGUGGACUGCCUAACGGUGCGGACAAGGGCCAGAAGGGCAACAGCUCCUCCUCAGCGGCGAACUUCCUGGCCGUCUCGGACGACUGCAUUCGGUACCUAGCCUUGGUGAGGAUCUUCCUAAACAGACACACAUACAAGCUGGUGCUAAUCGACGAGAUCCCAGUGCUCAACUUAAAUUUGAGCAACAGCAAUGCUAAUAAUUUCUUUUCUAGUGACGUGAAAUCCUUUGAGUAUAUCAUACGGAACUACUUCGCGCACAUCACGGUGCUGAUCAUCGCGCACGACGCCAGCACGCUCUCCUGCUGCGACUUCAUUUACGUCGUGGCCAAGGGCGAGGUCUCCUACAAGUGCAGCUACGCCGACAUCCAGACGCAGGCGGCGCUCGCCGCGCUCAUCCAGCAGCAGACGGAGUGA